AUGGUGGAUGAAGGAAAAGAUGAUGCUCAUGUCAAAGAUGCUAAAGCAAGACGACUUAGAAGAAAGGAAAUUCUUCUGUCUAGGUUUCCCAAGAGACGAAAAUCAUAUCUUUCAGCUUCUACAACUCCAUUAGCUGAUAUCACCAACACUAAUUUUACAUCACAGAACACACAAUCAUCUACCAACAGGAACCACAAACUUAUUCCUCCAUUUAGGUUAAUAAGAGACAAUCAGAAACCAAGUUCAAGUGAUAUAACCUCUGCAAGACCGUUUUCAUCCUUCAAUCCAAAUCCUUCUGUGUCAAAUAUUUCUGCAUUAUACAAACAUGGAACACAAACUAGCUUGCCACAAUUGCAUAGUCCUGUUCCAAAUUCAAAAAAUGCAUCCAGAGGUAAUCCAUUCUACAGACCAAAGCAUCCUUUUCCAAUCAAUUCUCCAAAUUAUCAUCGAACAAAUUCAACAUUACAGCAAAGGCCAUUUUCAAUGGAUUCUCCAUCUAUUCUUAGAAGUCAUGAUCUAAUGUCAAAGAGUCCGCCUAAAACCACAACUCCAAAUUUCACGCAACCAACAUCAUCCAACUUCCAGAUUCGAAAUCCAAGAAAAGCCUCUACUUCUCAUAUGACUGGAAUAAAUUUAUUAAAUAGAUUUGAGAUGAUUGAUACAAAUAUUGCAUCAUCUUCAACUGCUGCUGAAAAUGUUGACAUCAAUGAUGAGAGUGAUGGUUCUGCUAAUAGUGAAGAUUUCGAAGCAUACAAUGCAGUUCACCAGAGUGAGAGUGAAUCUUCUGAUGAAGAUGAUUUAACAGGCAGUCAAUUCAGAGAUAGUGCUCAAUACCAUACUCAAGGAUAUUAUGAUAUUGGUGAUCCUGUCAUAGAGUGUCAACGAUGUGGAGCAUGUAUGUGGUAUCAAGAGAGGAAAAAUAAAUCUAGAGAAAGUGCAAAUCCUAAGUUUGGACUGUGUUGUGGUGAUGGAACUAUUCAAUUACCAUAUUUAAGGAAACCUCCUGCAUUGCUCAGCCAUUUGAUGUAUGAUCAGAACUCAUCAGAAUGUAAACAUUUCCAACAAAACAUAAGGUUGUAUAAUAGCAUGUUUGCAUUUAGUUCACCGGGAUUUAAAGUGGACAAAAAUAUCAGGAGAGGUAGAGGACCACCUACAAUUAGGAUUCAAGGACAAGCAUGUCACCGAAUUGGCAGUAUGAUUCCAAUGCCUGGACGUCCCCCAAAGUUUGCCCAGUUAUAUAUAUAUGAUACAGAAAAUGAAUUGCAACAUCGGCUACAAGGUCUCAGCAAUGCAAACCAGCUGGAUAUACAAAUGAUUGCAGCAUUGCAAAAAAUGCUUGAUGAAAAUAAUGUUCAUGCUAAGUCAUUUAGAAUGGCUCGCGAUAGGUUGUGCGAAGGUGAUGUCCAAAAUUUGAAGUUAAAGCUCAUCUCUGAGAGGACAACAGACGGACGUAUCUAUAAUCAACCUACAGUUUCAGAAGUUGCAGCACUUAUACUUGGUGAUGUUGAUUAUGCUCCUAGAAGGGAUAUCAUUAUGGAAACACAAUGUGGUGAGCUACAAAGGAUAGAUGAAUUUCAUCCUGCAUACCUCGCCUACCAGUAUCCACUUUUGUUUCCGUAUGGUGAGGAUGGGUAUAGAGAUGAUGUUCUGCACAGAGAUAAAAAGACAGGCAAAAAACCAAAGAGGGUUCAUCUCACAAUUAGAGAGUGGUUGGCAUUUAGGUUACAAAGCAGACUUUUUGAACCGAUGACAAUCUUGUGUGCAAGAAGGCUAUUUCUACAGUUUUUGGUUGAUUGCUUUACCAUGAUGGAAGCUGAUAGGUUGUCAUGGUUAAGGAAAAAUCAAUCCAAGCUAAGAGUUGGUAAAUACAAGUCUUUGAGUGAGAACCAAAACAAAGAUCAACCAGAGUCAUCAAAACAAGGUAAAAGAGUUGUGUUACCUUCGAGCUAUACCGGUGGUCGAAGGUACAUGGAUCAACUUUACUUUGAUGCUAUGGCGAUAUCGAGUGCGGUUGGAUUUCCAGAUCUGUUCAUAACUUUUACUUGCAAUCCAAACUGGCCAGAAAUUCAAAGAUAUGUAACAUCAAAAGGUCUUAAACCACAUGAUAGACCUGAUAUUAUAGCAAGAGUGUUCAAAAUCAAGUUUGAUCAACUACUUAAAGAUUUGACGAAAAAACACCUCCUUGGAAAGGUCAUUGCAUACAUGUACACUAUUGAAUUUCAGAAGAGAGGUCUCCCACAUGCACACCUUCUUAUUUUCUUGCACCCGUCAAGCAAAUAUCCUACCCCAGAAGACAUAGACAAGAUUAUUUCAGCUGAAAUACCAAGUCCAGAUAACAAUCCACAAUUGUACACAUUGGUGGGCAAUCACAUGAUGCAUGGUCCGUGUGGAUUAGCAAAUAAAAAAUCCCCUUGCAUGAAUAACAAAGAUCGUUGUACUAAAUUCUAUCCAAAGAAAUUUCAGGAAUCAAGUAUUGUUGAUCAUGAGGGUUAUCCUGUCUAUAGAAGAAGGGAUAAUGGCAGUCAUAUUUUAAAGAAUGGAAUUGCAUUGGACAAUCGGUCAGUUGUUCCAUAUAAUCCGCAUUUGUUAAUGAAGUAUGAAGCUCAUAUAAACAUGGAGUGGUGCAACCAAUCCAGCUCAAUCAAGUAUCUCUUUAAAUACAUUAACAAAGGGUAUGAUCGAAUAACUGCAGCUGUUGUGUCUGAUGGUUCAACAAGUAGAAGUCCAGAUAACAGUCAGGAUGAAAUCAAGAAGUACCUUGAUUGUAGAUAUGUUUCACCAAGCGAAGCUUGCUGGCGCAUAUUUAAAUAUCCUAUUCAUGGAAGAAAACCAUCUGUUGAAAGGUUAUUUUUUCAUUUGCAAGGCGAACACUCAGUAUAUUUCAAUGAUUAUGAACAUAUAGAUGAUGUGAUGCUGAGACCUUCGGUUACAGAGUCGAUGUUUACAUCGUGGCUGCAGUGCAAUGCUAAGUACGCUGAAGCUAAGACACUUACAUAUGCCAAAUUUGUGUCUAAAUUUGUAUAUGUCAAAGCUAAACGUACUUGGACACCAAGGAAAAGGGGUUUUGCAAUAGGAAGGUUGAUGUGGGUGCCACCAACCACAGGAGAAUUGUUCUACUUGAGACUGAUGUUAACCAAAGUCCAAGGACCAACCUCUUAUGAGGACAUCAGAACUGUUAACAAUGUUUGUUACGACACCUAUAGAGAGGCAUGUUUUGCAAGUGGAUUUUUGAUGGAUGACAAGGAAUACAUUGCUGCUAUUAAAGAAGCAAGUGUUUGGGGUUCUGGACUUUUUCUUAGAUUGUUAUUUGUUACUUUGUUGAUCGCAAGUUCAAUGCACAGGCCAAAACAUGUUUGGGAAAAAACAUGGCAAUGGCUAAGUGAUGGUAUUCUUUAUGAACAAAGAAGAUUGGCAAACAAUCCAGGUUUAAUGCUUACUGAAGAACAAAUUAAAAACUUAACAUUGACCGAGAUUGAAAGGCACAUGGAAAGAAAUAGAAGGAGUUUGAAGGAUUACAAAGGAUUUCCAUAUCCUGAAGGAUACAUUGUCGAACAACUUGGAAACCGACUGAUUUAUGAUGAAUUAAAUUACAAUGUCAACGAGUUGGAUGCAGAAUUUCAACAACUCUUUGCUACAUUAACAGGUAUACACUAA